AACUUUAUAUAUUAGGGGCGCGCUUCGCAUGCUUUAGUAUAGCUCCGUGACUUCAGCGCGCAUCAACAUGGCCUCAGCGAAAUUGCUACUCUGCACUGCCCUGGUGGCCAUCAUGGCAGCCAACUGCUCGGCUGGACUUUUGGAUUCCGUCCUUCCUACGGUUGUGAAAGAUUUUUACAACUCCGCUCCCACCAAGGAGGGCUAUCGCUUCAACAUUGACGACCCGAAUGGAAGCAAACGCGAGGAAGUGGGUGUCAUCAUGAACCCAGGAACCGACAAGGAGGAGCUGGUGGUCAUGGGAACCUACUCCACGUACGAUGAGAAGACUGAUACCGAUACGGUCACCAUGUACACCGCCGACAAGAAUGGUUACAAGGCGCGCUACCAAAUCAAGAACCGCAAACUGAGCCCUGGAGCCCUGAAGUCCGCCGCUGGUUAAGUCUCUCAUAGAUUAGAAUUGUAAACAAAGAUUUAAAAAAUAUAUUUUCUACCGCCGAAA